CAAUUCUGGCGGGCGAGCAGAGGGAGGGUAGCCAGGAUCCCGGAAGCGCCGCUCCGCGCUGGGACUGGCUCCUUCGCAGCCAUUUUCUGUCCAACCAAACAGCCGAUUCGUGCAGGGAACCAACCAGGGCCGCACUGGAGAUGGACGGGGAUAACGCAACCACAGAUCCUUCCCAGUUAGGCAUCUCCGGGGACUACAUUAGCGGCAGCCAUUACGUAAUACAACCCCACGAUGGAGACACAGAAGACAGUUUAAAUGAUCCAGAUGAGACAAACGGAUCGAAGGAGAGUUUCAGAGAGCAAGAUAUUUACCUUCCCAUCGCCAAUGUGGCCAGGAUAAUGAAAAAUGCCAUACCGCAGACAGGAAAAAUCGCUAAAGAUGCCAAGGAAUGUGUUCAGGAAUGUGUAAGUGAAUUUAUAAGCUUUAUAACAUCCGAAGCUAGCGAGAGGUGUCAUCAAGAGAAGCGAAAGACUAUCAACGGAGAAGACAUCUUAUUUGCCAUGUCCACUUUAGGGUUUGAUAGCUACGUGGAGCCGCUGAAACUCUAUCUCCAGAAAUUCAGAGAGGCAAUGAAAGGUGAGAAGGGGAUUGGUGGUGCUGUUACAGCAGGAGAUGGCCUUGGUGAGGAGCUCACAGAGGAAGCAUUCACCAGCCAAUUACCAGCGGGAUUAAUAACUACAGAUGGCCAACAGCAAAAUGUUAUGGUUUAUACAACAUCUUAUCAACAGAUAUCUGGAGUUCAACAAAUCCAGUUCUCCUGAUCUAGAAGAGAAUGUAAUGUCUGCAAACAAGAGUCAGGAAGAGAGCUUAUACAUAUUUGAUGGCAAUAUUUGAUUGCAGUUGCGUGAAUGUUUUUCUUCUACGUUCUAUUUAAUGUUUUUUUUUUUUUUUUGUAUAUUAAGUUGCUGUAACGUAGCUUCCUCUGGCGUGUCACAAGGGCGGAACCCCUCAUUUUUCCCCAUGUGUUUUUAAGAAUUGGAUUUUAAAAACCUUAGUUCUGUUUUUUGUACAAGAGUUAUUCUUCUGACUCCUGUAUGCAUUGUAAAUUAAUUGUUUAUUGCUGUCUGAAAUUUGUAGACAGUUUCUUAUUUUCAUAUUGAAUCAUGUACCUUCUUUUGUAAAUCAAAUAAAAAAGGACUUGAGUUGU